GCUCAAUGAGCCAGCAGUUUCCGUUUGAACUGGCUAGUUUUUUGAUGCCUCGCGCCAACCAACUUUUGAUGGACUAGACAGAGCACAUCCAUUAGCUUAUGCUCUAAUUGUGCACAUUCAAUACCUCCAGUUCACCUCCCGUUCACCUCCACUUUACCAUACUUGACCAUACUUGACCACAUUUGACCACAUUUGACCACAUUUGACCACAUUUGACCACAUUUGACCACAUUUGACCACAUUUUACCACCAUUUCUACCACCAUUUCUACCACCAUUUCUACCACCAUCGCACUGCCAUCUCACCUCGAGCUUGAUCCCUCAGUAGUGCAAUUGUUACUGGCCGGUCUAAUAUAAAAACCAUCGCCAUGGUAAAAACCUUGCAAACCUUUCUCCACAACCAACGAAGAUGGCUUGGUCGAUAGAUACCACACUGUCAUUCCUCUCCCUCCUCAUUACGGGCGCGUCAUCACUUGUGGUCGUCUGGGAUCCCAUAGUUUCUUCUUACAGACGAAUUUACCGCAGAGUCUGUGGCACUGAACCUUCACCAACGAGAGACCACCAGCACCCAAGCUAUGGCGACGAGGAAUCUCUGCUCGAAGAAGGACUAAGAAACGGAACUGAUUUCAAGCCUAGUGCGAGUCGCAGGACGCGAACAGCAUAGUAUUGGGGUGCCCUGUGCGUGUCGGCCCCAGCUACGGUGUGUGAAAAGAAAAGGUCGUUUGUAGAAAUGCUCUAGGCUGUUACCUGACUUGGCUAUCGGCUAUCUGGUGGUAGUUGUGACGAAUUGUCAAGCGGACAUACUGUUAGGACGGAAGGACGGACCGCUUGACGACUUUGAUAAGAAUGCUCAAUCAUCUACGGAACCUCUUCACCUGGGCAAGUAUCUCUUACUGUCAUUUCCCUUUACAACAGCGUAAAGAUACUGCCUCUUGAGCGAUGGUCUCACAAGCAAUAACAGGCUUCCAGUUGAUGGCAGGCAGCUCUCCCUGUCGAAGUAAGGUCCAGGCCUUCUAGCGUUUCUUGCACUUCAUUAGCAAUCGAGACAUAGCUUUCGGAGGUAGCCUGAGACUUCCUUUGGAGAUGGGAUAGCAGGUUAAUUUUCGAUUCUUGCGACUUGGGUUGCCGGCACGCAGCAUCCAAUUUGCGCAG